AGAGACUUCGGGCCGGUUCUCUUCACCGAGCGGAGCGAUACCGAGUCGGUUCAGCCGGAGGACGAAGACACGGAGCAACAUGGCGGAGUCCUCGGGGCGCUAUGAGCGCCUCACAGCAGACCAGAUGGAUGAACAGAGGGUCCAGAGCGUGGCCUAUCAGUACCUCUGCAGACUGGAGGAGGCCAAGAGGUGGAUGGAGGCGUGUCUGGGGGCGGAGCUUCCUGCUCCCACUGAGCUGGAGGAGGGGCUUAGGAACGGAGUCCUGCUGGCUCGACUGGGCCAAAGGUUCUGCCCCAAGGCCGUGAAGAAGAUCUACGACCCGGACCAGCAGCGGUACCAGGCUGUGGGGCUUCAGUUCCGUCACACCGACAACAUCAACCACUGGAGGGACGCCAUGACCAGCCUGGGCCUGCCGCCGAUCUUCCAGCCAGAAACUACAGACGUCUACGACAAGAAGAACAUGCCGAGAGCUGUUUACUGUAUCCACGCUCUGAGCAUGUACCUGUACAGACUGGGUCUGGCUCCUCAGAUCCAGGACCUUUAUGGAAAAGUCAAGUUCACAGAGGAGGAGAUCGACCACAUGAAGGCGGAGCUUGAUAAAUAUGGGAUCCAGAUGCCGGCGUUCAACAAGAUCGGAGGCAUUCUGGCCAAUGAGCUGUCAGUAGACGAGGCUGCAGGCCACGCAGCGGUGAUAGCCAUUAACGAGGCGGUGGACAGAGGUCAGGUGGAGGUCACGGCGGAGGCCCUGAGGAACCCCAGCGCCAUGAUCAGCGGCCUGCAGGGGGCGCUGAUGAGCGUCUACCAGGAGAUGCUGCAGCACGCCAGGGCCCGCAAGAAGGAGGGGCCUCGGGGGGAGGAGAACGAUAUCUACGAAGAGUUUUUGACUCGGAGAGAAAUCCAGGAAAACAUCAACAUCGUCAACAUCCGCUCUGCAGUGGAGCAGGUGGAUGAAGCUCUGGACUGUGCAGAUGAACUGGCUCUGCUCUGCGCUCUGCAGCUGCCGUGUUUGGCCCUCAGGAGCCUCCGUCCCGACCACGGGCCCUGGUACCAGGACCAGCUGUCUGCAGACCGCCAGCAGAAGGCCCUGGAGGGCUGUGUGGAUCCUCUGGAGCCUGAAGAGCUGCAGGAAGGUGUUGCCAUCGCCAACCAGGACGCCCACACAGCCAGAGCCAUGAAUGCAGCGGUCCAGACAGUGAACGCCUCCCUCCGGCUCACUGACCCCCGUCACACAGUCAGCUGUCUGAUGACCUCUGACCUCCAGCUGCCUGAAGUGUUUCCAUUCGCUGCUGCUCUUUAUCACAGAGAGCUGCAGCUGCUGCAGAGGCAGACCGCCCAGGGGACGCUGCAGCAGGAGGAGCUGUUCGUUGCCGUGGAAAUGCUGUCAGCUGUUGCUCUCAUCAAUCAGGCGGUGGAGGCGGGGCAUCUGCAGCAGGUCAGCUUCUCAUUGGUCAGUCCGGCUGCAGGACUCUCAGACGUAGACCAGACCCUGAUGGACAGGUACUUUGAGUGUCUGCUUGCUGUGAAGCAGCAGCGGGGCAGAGACCUGCUGACCUGGAACCAGCUGCAGGAAGUGAUCCACUCUGCCAACAACUCUGUGCAGGACGAACACCAACAGCUGCUGUCUGUCGGCCAGGUGAACGAGGCCGUGACCAAUGGAGACGCUCAGAAGCUGCUGUCUGCUCUGCUACUGCCCUCCUGUGGUGUGGAGGAGGUCCUACCUGGCAACACCUGCAGAUACCUGACCCUGCUGAGCAGAGCCAGGCAGCUCAAAGCUCAGGUGAGCAGAGACCCCGGAGCUGAGCUGUGGUUGGCUGAUAUCCAGGCGUGUCAGCGUGAGUCCUGAGUCAUUAGUUGUUUGGGCCUGUCUCUGGCUGCAGUGCACCAGGCAGUGAGGGAGCAGCAGGCGUCUCAGACGCUGCGUGUCCUCCGGCUCUCGGAGCUGCAGCUGGAGGGACUCGUCUCCUCCUGCGCCGCCGAGUACCAGAGAGGCCUGCAGGGGGCGCUGCAGCAGAGGAGCGGCUCAGCAGGCAGCAGGAGUCCGUGGGUCGGGGUCCGGCAGGACGACGGCUCGUUCUUCUACCUGCACCUGAACAGACUGGAGGGCACCUGGGACCCCCCCAGAGGCUCCGCCCACAACACGGGCUUCCUGGACCGCCACCACAUACAGGAAGUGGUCAGCAGUGUCUCUGACUCCCACCAGCGCGGCGCUCUCUGGGUGGGCGUUGAGGCCCUCGUCGCUCGCCUGCAGGCGCUCAGCCGAGGCUUCCUGCUCAGACGGGCGCUGGAGGCACGGCGCCUUUACCUGAGCCGCCAGACGCCGGCAGCCAUCACCAUCCAGGCUCACUGGAGGAGGUGCGUCCAGCAGGACGCGUUCAGGCGCCGGCUGCAGUUCCUCCACCAGAACUGGAGAGCCGUUGUCACGAUCCAGGCGUUUGUGAAGAUGUGGUCUGCGAGGAGACGGUAUCAAGCUCGACUGAGGCUCUUCAGACGCCACGUGAGAAACACACCUGAGAUCAGUUUGGGUUUCACCUCCAGUGAGGACUCUGGGGCUGACCCCUCUGGGCCUGUCUCAGUGCACUCGGCCACGCCCCCUUUGUCUGUGGUCCGGAAGUUUGUUCACCUGCUCGACCUGGGAGACGCUGACAUCAGAGAGGAGGCGGAGCAACUGCGCCUGAGGGAGGAGGUGGUGCGAAGUAUCCGCUCCAACCGGCAGCUGGAGGCGGACCUGGACCUGAUGGACCUGAAGAUCGGCCUGCUGGUCCGGAACAGAGCCACUCUACAGGUACCGCUCUACAGGUGCGCUCUGCAGGUGGCGCUCUACAGGUGGCGCUCUACAGGUGCGCUCUACAGGUGGCGCUACAGGUACGCUCUACAGGUGGCUCUGCAGGUGGCGCUCUGCAGGUGGCGCUCUACAGGUGGCGCCUCAGGUGGCGCCACAGGUAGCGCUCUACAGGUGGCGCUCUACAGGUGGCGCUCUGCAGGCGCUCUGCAGGUGGCGCUCUGCAGGUGCGCUCUGCAGGCGCUCAGGUGGCUCUACAGGUGGCGCUCUACAGGUGGCGCUCUGCAGGUGGCGCUCUACAGGUACCAGGUGCCGCUCUACAGGUGGCUCUACAGGUGGCGCUCUACAGGCGGCGCUCUGCAGGGCGCUCUACAGGUGGCGCUCUGCAGGUGGCGCUCUCACAGGUGGCGCUCUGCAGGUGGCGCUCUGCAGGUGCGCUCUACAGGUGGCGCUCAGGUGGCGCUCUGCAGACCCAGCCCCUGUACCUGGCCCAGCUGUCGGCCUGAUGGACCUCAGGAGCUCCAAGGCCUGAAGGCUCUGGAGCUGUUGGUGGGCCAGCCUGUUCUACCUGCUGCAGACCUACACAAGACCUGGAUCAACCAGACCGAGACCCAGACCGGACACAAGAGCUCUUUGCCGUACGAGGUUUCACCUGCAGACGCUCUGAGUCACCCUGAAGUCCAGAGACGCAUCGACAUCGCCAUCAUCAACCUGAAGAACCUGACGGACCGGGUCCUCAAAGCCAUCACCUCCAACCUGCACCAGCUCCCUUAUGGUCUGCGCUACACAGCGAAGGUCCUCCGAGACGCUCUGAGGGAGAAGUUUCCUGACGCCAGCGAGGACGAAGUCUACAAGAUCGUCGGUAACCUGGUCUACUACCGCUACAUGAACCCGGCCGUCGUGGCCCCCGAUGGGUUCGACGUGGUGGACCGGUCCGCCGGCUCGGCCCUGCAGCCGGAGCAGCGCCACACGCUGGGCUCCGUGGCCCGGAUGCUGCAGCACGCCGCCGCCAACAAACAUUUCCACGGAGACGGGUCCCACGUCAGAGACCUGAACCAGUACAUCAGCCAGACCCACGACAAGUUCAGGAAGUUCCUGUUGUGCGUUUGUGACGUUCCGGAACCAGAAGCCCGGUUCAACAUGGACGAGUUCUCUGAGCUGCUCAUCGUCAACAAGCCCGUCGUCUACAUCUCCGUCAGCGAGCUGCUCAACACCCACCAGUUGCUGUUGGAGCAGCAGGAGGUUCUGUGCCCGGACCCUUCAGAACCUCUCCGACUGCUGCUGAAGGACCUUGGACCAGUUCCCACCCUGCAGGAACUCAUUGGGGAGUCUUCAUCAGCAGAUCCAGAAUCCAGCAGCAAGAUGGAGGUUUCUCUGACCCUCACCAACAAGUUUGACAUCUUCAACGAGUCCAACGACAAACCAGACGCCAAAGGACUGCUGCUCAGCACGAAGCAGCUGGUCAUCGACGUCAUCCGGACUCAGCCAGGUGACUCUCUGAGGGACAUCCUGAGAGCGUCUGUGUCACAUGACCAGGAGGCGUGUCACGAUUGGCUGCUCCGGCGGCGAGCUCAGCAGGACGCCCGCACACCUGAGAAGAUGAAGAGGAACGAGUCUCUGGUGGCCAACGGCCAGCUGGGCCUGCAGGAGAAGAAGAGGAAGAUCCUCAGGUGUCUUCGUCGGCUGGAGGGCCUCGGGGUCCUGAGACCAGCUGAGUCCUCAGACCAGAUCCUGCAGAUGAUCGCCAAGGACAUCCGUCAGCAGCGGCUGCACCGUCAGCGCCGGGGGGCGGAGCUACAGAAGCUCCGGCAGACUCUCGGCAGCCUGCAGGCGAAGAGCAACUUCCACAGCGACCAGGUGGACUACUACAGGCAUUACAUCACUUCCUGUCUGGACCACCUGACGGCCAAGAGUAAAUCGACCAAUAAGAAGGCAGCAGAGAGCAAAGGGAAGAAGAAGCUUCCGGCUCUGAGCUACAGCGCCACCCGGCUGCAGGAGAAGGGAGUGCUGCUGGAGAUAGAGGACCUGCCCUCUACCCAGUUCAGGAACGUGGUCUUCGACAUCGUUCCCGCUGCUGAGAACGGAAGCUUCAACGUUAAAGCUCGAUUCCUGGGGGUCGAGAUGGAGGAGUUCCUCCUCAAAUACCAGGACCUACUACAGCUGCAGUAUGAAGGCGUUGCGGUGAUGAAGAUGUUCGACAAAGCAAAGGUCAACGUCAACCUGCUCAUCUUCCUCCUCAACAAGAAGUUCUUCAAGAAAUGAACCGAGCUAUUCACUUCACUCCUAUCUCUGUGUUCAUACAUAUAUUAUGCUUCUAUACAUGGAGGGUAAGAGUGAAGCAUCUUCUUCACACUCCUAUCUCUGUCCACAUAAUUGUCAAAACUCAGUUAUACUGUAUAUAUAUAUAUAUAUAUAUAUAAUAUUACUGUUAGAGAUAAAUAAUCACAUGUUGAUGCUCCUCUAUGCUCUAUCUCUGUUAUAUCUCACUCCUAACGUCACCUUUAGUAAAUCCAACCGAGUGGAGCGUCGCCUCUACACUAUCUCUGUGGAUUUCAUUGGCCUCUAAAGACGACAGAGACUUCAGUUUAAUCUCAUUUUAUAAAAUCAAGUCAGUUGAUCAGAUGAUCAAUAACCAAUGACUGAUCAAUAACAGAUGACAGAUCAAAUCACCAAUGACUGAUCAAUAAUAGAUGACUGAUCAAUAAUAGAUGACUGAUCAAUAACCAAUGACUGACCAAUAACCAAUGACUGAUCAAUAGCAGAUGACCGAUCAACAACAGAUGACUGAUCAAUAACAGAUGACUGAUCAAUAACGGAUGACUGAUCAAUAACGGAUGACUGAUCAAUAACAGUAAAUGUUUUCUGUCUCUUUCUCUUUUUUCCACAUUUAAAUGUUUGAACUGUUUUUACUUCAUUAAAUAUCUGAACGUCUUCAAA